AUGGCCCCCACUAUCUACAUCGACGAGGACGUCGGCCGCGAUGAUUCCACCGCCACCGGUACCGAGACCGCUCCCUACAAGACCCUCCUCCACGCCAUGAUCAACCACGAGCCUACCACCGAGGGUAUCCAAUACCUGACUCGCAAGUCUCAGACCGAUGCUGCUGGGGAGGGUGUUGACCCGGCCGCCAAGUUGGAGUGGAAGCCCGCCACCAAGUCCGCCAUGAAGAAGGGCACCAACCUCUUUGAGCAGCGCAAGAAGAAGGCCGCCAAGGAGCACGAGCUGGCCAUUCGGGAGAAAGCCGAGGCCGAUAAGCGCCUGGCUGUUCUGGAAGAGGCUAAGAAGGUCAUAAUCAAGGAAGAUACCUCACUGCCGAAGCCCGUGCGCAUUCGUCUGGACAACACUGACCCGGCCGUUGUGUCCCUGCGCACCCCCGAGUCCGAUACUCCGGGAACCCGGGUUCGUGUCCUCGGUCGUGUUCACCGCAUGCGCGCGCAGAAGGACUACGUCUUCAUCACCCUGGUUGAUGGUUAUGGCUACCUGCAGUGUAUCCUGACCGGCGACAUGGUCAAGACUUUCGACAUCAUGACCUUGACUCUGGAGACUUCCAUGGCCAUCCACGGUGAGAUGCGCGCCGUCCCUCCCAAGCAGCACGCCCCCAACGACCGUGAGCUGCACGCCGACUUCUUCACCAUCAUUGGCAAGGCUGCUGGUGACAAGGAAGCCAUCACCAACCGUGUGGCGCAGGACGCCGACCCCCAGACGCUGCUUGACAACCGCCACCUGGUGCUGCGUGGAGAGACCUCAUCCUCCGUGAUGAAGGUGCGUGCCGCCUGUAUCCGUGCCUUCCGCACAGCCUUCCAGGAGAACCGCAUGCUGGAGGUGACUCCCCCAGCUAUGGUUCAGACCCAAGUGGAGGGUGGCAGUACCCUGUUCGGCUUCGAUUACUACGGCGAGAACGCCUACCUGACCCAGUCCUCCCAACUGUACCUGGAGACCUGCCUGCCCUCCCUGGGUGACGUCUUCUGUGUGUGCCCAUCUUUCCGUGCCGAGAAGUCCCUCACCCGUCGCCACCUGUCGGAAUACACUCAUAUUGAGGCCGAGCUGGACUUCAUCACCUUCACCGAUCUGCUCGACCACCUUGAGGCCAUGAUCUGCCGUGUCAUCGACCUGACCCUGGCCGAGCCCGAGAUCGCCGGCUACAUCAAGAAGCUCAACCCAGACUUCAAGGCCCCAUCCCGCCCCUUCCUCCGCAUGAAGUACUCCGACGCCAUCGACUGGUUGGUCAAGCACGACAUCCCCAACGAGGAGGGCGAACCCCACAAGUUCGGUGAUGAUAUUGCCGAGGCCGCCGAGCGCCGCAUGACCGACAUUAUCAACCAGCCCAUCUUCCUCACUCACUUCCCCGCCGAGAUCAAGGCCUUCUACAUGAAGAAGGAUGAAUCCGACCGCCGCGUCACCGAGAGCGUUGACGUGCUCAUGCCCGGUGUUGGUGAGAUUGUCGGUGGAAGUAUGAGAAUGGACGACUGGAACGAACUGAUGGCUGCUUACAAGCACGAGGGCAUGGACCCCAAGCCCUACUACUGGUACACUGACCAGCGCAAGUAUGGUACUUCUCCCCACGGCGGUUACGGUCUCGGUCUGGAGCGCUUCCUGGCUUGGUUGUGCGCUCGCUACACUGUCCGUGAUUGUUCGUUGUACCCUCGCUUCACUGGCCGUUGCACCCCGUAA